AUGGGUAAAAAAACAAAGAACAACAAUGGUAAUUUGGGUAGAGCUCUUAUCAGUGACAGGUUUUCUGGUACGAAAAGGAAUAAAAAUAGGGAUAAGGAUUCAAUGAUGCAUGCAUGCGAAUUAAACGACGGUUACGAUUGGGGACGUUUAAAUUUAAAAUCCGUUACGGAAGAAUCAUCAUUCCAAGAAUUUUUAUCAACGGCUCAAUUGGCUGGAACGGAAUUCGAAGCGGAAAAAUUAAAUAUAAAAUUUGUUAAACCCACGGUGAGUUGUGACGUCACGGGAAGGAGUUUAAGUCAAGUCGAGAGGAGACAUUAUGAUAUGAUAAAAAUACCGAGGAGACCACCGUGGAACGAACACACGACCCCCUCCGAAUUAGAAUCCAUGGAAAAACAAUCUUUUUUAGAAUGGAGAAAAAAAUUAGCUGAAUUACAAGAAAUCGAAGGAUUCAUGUUGACACCAUUUGAAAAAAAUUUAGAAUUUUGGAGACAGUUAUGGAGAGUCAUAGAAAGGAGCGACAUUGUCGUACAAAUUUUAGAUGCAAGGAAUCCAUUAUUGUUUCGAUGUGAAGAUUUAGAAAAAUAUGUGAAAGAGGUUAGCGAAAAUAAGGAAAAUGUUUUACUCUUGAACAAAGCUGAUUUUUUAAACGAAAUGCAAAGAACAGCUUGGGCUGAUUAUUUCACUAGAGAAAAAAUUAAAAUUAUUUUUUAUUCUGCAACGGAUGCCAUGACAGCAGACAAUUUAAAAGAAGGCAACGAUGAUGAAACGAAUAAACUAUUAAAAGAAUUAUCAUUGAAAGAAGAUAAAGAAAUAGUCAAUACGAAUAAAAUUUAUUCGAGCGAAGAAUUAAUAAAUUUUUUUAGAAUAUUUCAUGAAGCUCCGAGAGUGAGUCAGGGCAAGACAACGGUUGGACUAGUGGGUUAUCCAAACGUUGGUAAAAGCUCAACGGUCAAUUCGCUUUUGUCUUGUAAAAAAGUAGCCGUGUCAGCAACGCCGGGCAAAACGAAACACUUUCAAACGUUUAACUUAUCAGACGACAUUAUAUUAUGCGAUUGUCCGGGUCUCGUCAUGCCCAGUUUCGUAUCGACCAAAUCCGACAUGAUAAUCAACGGUAUACUACCCAUAGAUCAAAUGAGAGAUCACGUACCGCCCGUCACGGCCGUCGCUUCUCUCAUACCCCGUCACGUUUUAGAAGAUACCUACGGUUUGAUACUACCCAAACCGAAAGAGGGAGAAGAUCCGGACAGGGGUCCGACGUCGGAAGAAUUAUUAAACGCGUACGGUUACAAUCGGGGAUUCAUGACUCAAAACGGUUUACCGGACAAUCCGAGAUCUUCCAGGUACAUAUUAAAAGAUUUCGUUUCCGGUAAAUUGUUGUACUGUCACGCUCCGCCCGAUUUCGAACAGAAAUUAUAUCAAACGUAUCCGGAUGCGAAAAAAAUAAGAAAUAUGGAUAAUGCGAAUACGAGAUAUGCGAGAGUCGUCAACGGUGCAAACGGUUCUAAAUCCACGACGGAAACGAUAGACAGACAUUUUUUUAAAAAAAACAACAGUCAAGUUCACGUUAAGGGAAUACAAAAAAUAUUACAAUAUUCGACCGUCAUGUCGGAUUCUGAUGCGAAAGCUUUGGUGGAAAAUAAUUCAGGUUCGAAACCUUGGAAACAAUAUAACAAACACGCGAAUAAAAAGAAAAAAGAAAAAUUGAGAAGAGUUUAUUGUAAUUACGAGUAUCAAUAG